AUGACCUUCUUUCAUCUUGCCAAUUGCCUAGCACUUGGUUAUGUACCUUAUUUUAUUACCUAUAAGUAUUCAAAACUAUCCGAAUAUAGUGCCUUUAAUAAAUGUAUUAAAGUUGGAGCAAUGUACUUCAUAACGCAGGCUGUGAAGUUGUUAGCUUUAGCAACAAUCUUCCCAGUAACUUAUGAUGCCUCGGAUACCUUGGAUGCUAGAUCGGAGAUUAUAAAAUGUACGAUAGAUUUGUUGGAUGUUACUGGUUUAUAUUUCGCACUAUCAUACACGACUGUGGCAGCUGACUGCAGAAUUUUAGCUGUUGGAAUGGGUUGGUCGGCUGCCGAAUUUAUGGCCACCCGUAUUUUGCCUCUUUGGGUUGGAGCUCGUGGCGUCGAGUUUGAGUGGAAAUAUAUCCUUUUAAGCUUCGAUGGGAAUAUUAGCUUGAUCCAAUAUACUGCAGUAGCGGCUCUAAUGUGGAAUUGGCUCCGCCUCAAUGACUCCAGCAAAGUAAUUUCAGCGCUUAUUUUACUGCUGAUUUCGCUUUUGUUUUUCAUGCCGGUUAUAUUCAGAUUGCUGAUUCAAAUCCAGCCGUUAAGGAAUUUGGGUAUUUUGCCCUUCAAAGUUGUCUUCACUAGCACAAUUGGCGUUUACGCUAUGUACUUAUACUUUGCUAUAUCGGCAAAGCCUAGAUAUUGA